AUGGUGCAACAUGACUUGCUUCUCACGAAACAAGGGCCACUCGCUCGCGCAUGGAUUGCUGCGCAUUGGGAGCGUAGGCUGAGCAAGGCACAGUUCCUCCAUGCCAGCAUCCCUGAUGGCGUCGAAUCCCUCGUCGAGCAUGACCCGCCUGUGGCGCUCCGACUCUGCGGGCAGCUCCUUGUCGGCAUUGUGCGUCUGUACGCACGCAAAUCCAAGUACCUUGAAGACGACUGCAACGAUGUACUUGCGCGCAUCCAAAUGGCGUUCUCGAAUGGGGGUGCGCUAGUCGAUAUGGCGCACGAACAGCUCACGCUUUCGCGCGCUGCGAUUACCUUGCCCGACGUCUACACGGCCGUAGAUUUGCUCAUGCCCGAGCCCGGCGCGGGUGCGUGGGACAGCAUGCGCGCGCAUCACCGUCACCUGGCGAACGAUGCGGAUAUUACGCUGCCGGAUGCACAAUUCGUGCAGAACGAUAUACCUGCAAGCGACGACGCGCUCCUUUCAGAGCAGCUCGCCGACUACGACACAACGACGGGCUUUGAUUUGGGCCUUGAAGAGGCCGAGGCGCCCGCGCCGAAACGCGCGCGUGAAUGGCGGCCAAGCAGCCGCCCUCGCCGCAGCACGGCACAUACCCUCCCAGACGUGCGCGCCGAACCCGACAUGGAUGCCGACGAAUCGUACGAAAGUGUUGGCGUAGCGCGUGAUGCUGGCCCCUCGCUCGAAUCUGCUGCGGAUCGUGUGCGCGCGCUGCUGGGCGAUGUAGACGCCUCGAUGGAUCUCUCGGCGGACUCGACCGGCUACGACACAUUUCACCCUGAGCACUCGUCGCUCGCGUUGGACGCAUCGACUCCCCCGCGUGAGCGCCCAAGCUCGCCGGUGAUGCCACGCGACGUUACAUUCGACGAGACGAUUCCCGCCCAGCAUCCGCUCUCUCCUCGAACAGCUGCAAUGCUGCGCACCGCUGCACAGCACCGCGCCGAGACACAGCCCAAAGGCUCGCGCAAGCGGCCUGUGCAAGAUAAUGGACGCCUGUACCUAGCCCCGGCGCGUGCAAAUGCAGCGACCAUGACCGAGCGCCCACAUGAGCUCCAGUACCUCGCGGCGUCGCGCACUACGCUGGCGCUUUUGCAUGCGUGCAAAAGCACGCGCAAUGUUGGACAAACACUUGUGUGUAUCUACGGCGCGGUCGCCCACGACCUGGGCGCGCUGCUUGGCUCGGACAAGCCUGUACGCGCCACGCCGUUUCAGCCCGACUCGAAACAGCACUGGCUCCGCGAGAUUCACGAGCAAAGCGCACGGUUGAACGUGGACGAGGAAGCGUUUCCUUUGGAGGUUGGGCGCCGCGCGCCGUCUGCGCCGUGGCUUGCUGACGAUGCGCGAUUUGCAGACGUGAGCAACGAUACCGUGCACAGCGCAAAUACCUCGAUGGGGGAAAAGAGUAUGCCGGAGCUGUCCAUGGAGCUCCCGGAGCUCCCGGCGCUCGAUCCGCUGAACACUGCGCCUGUGCCGAUGGACGAGGAUGGGCCGCGCCGCUCGUCGCGCCACCGUGCAGAGCACGCCGAGGUCCAGCACCUGCCCGAGGUACGGCUCGGAACGCCCGACUUGGAGGACAGCGCCGAGAUUCAUGUACCCGUCCCAGACGACCACCCGCUUUUGUCGUUUGAGCGCCGCGCGCAGGAGUCCAAAGGGCCGACGACCGAACUUGAUGUAAGUACGCGCCGCGCGAUGCACAUUCUGCGCACAAAAAUAGGCGACUCGGACGCUACGAUCGACUUUGCGGCGCUUGCGCCGCAAGCCUCGCGCCGUGCCGCAGCGGGCUUUUUCUUUGAACUGCUUGUGCUUGGUACGCGGAAUAGCAUCCAGCUCGAACAGGCCGCGCCGUACGCUGCUAUUCGUAUCCAAGCCAAGCCCGCGCUGUGGGCAUGA